GGUACAUGUAGAAGCAGAAAAGGAAAGGAGACACGCCAUUGUUUUGCAGUGAUAAAAAUCUUGUAGUUGGAAUAAGAAUAUCAUCACGAUGGAGCCUUUACCAAGGACAUUAAUAAUUGUUAGCGUAGUCUUAAUCUGGUGUAGUUUCUCUAUGGUAUAUUCUCGUCCUCUACAUCCCAAGAAACAUACCACAUCGCCUUUUAAGCAUCAUCAGCAUCACUCAAGCGCCCAUAAGAAUGCCAUAAUGCAUCCAAUGAAUCCUACUUCUCUGCGUGAACUAGCCUUUGGUUCUCACAAGGCUGCUAGGGAGAUCCUACCAUUCCCUUUGCCAUCUAUCCAGAAGCAACCAAACCAUCGACAUCAUAAACCAACAUGGGGUGCGUUUAAACCUAUUGCACCAUCACAGGCUGAUGAUCAGACUGAUGAGGGUGCCUUUGGCCCCGUCGUAGAAGUACCUGCUCUUCAACCAGCUAUCCCAGAUGAUGAUGGUUUUGGUCCAUGGGUACCUCAUGGUACCACGCACUCUGAUAAGGAUUUGGGCCCAGAUGGAGUCUUUGGUGGACCUAUCAUACCCACGGGGACAAAAACCAUUGAAGACAGUGGUUUUGGAGCAUGGGGGGCUUUUAAACCUGUACACCAUACUCCAGCAGAAACAGAAUUCGGAGGAAAUAGCAGAACAUCAGGAGGAACUAGCAAAACCAUUCAUAUCAUUCCAGGGCAAGCACCACUUGUCAUUGAGGAGUCCAUUGGACCAGACGGGUUUGGAACCUUUGUAUCCAGCUCUGAUGAUACUGCUGAUGAUACCUCUGACGGUUGGUUUAUGUCUUUUGUUCCUUACCCUCAACCUACACAUGAUCAAGAACCUACAGAAUCAUCAUCAUCAGCGGCCUUCGCAGAUAUGUGGGGAUUGUUUAGGGACAGAAAGAGAGGGUGCGACAAGAGUGUUGAGGGGCGAGCAUGUUCCAGCAACUCCGAAUGUCAAGGUUGCAACAGGACGUUUCAAUGCUCUACCAAUCACAGAUGUCAGAAAGUAUAACAUGCACCCUUCUAAGACCCCACGGAGAUCAACCUACACACCUCUACGUUCAAAAUUAAAAAAGGUUACCCAAUACCCCCUUUAUGCCCAUCAGGAGCAAGAUAUCUUUAUAGGCCAAUAAUUGUGACGAAAACAAUGCUUUAACGCAUCACAUGAAACCAGCUUCAAGUUUUCUUUUUUCUCUCCAACCGUCCACGUUGUAUGGACCAACAUCGCUUAACGCCAGCCAAAUUCUGUAAUGAGCCCUGCUCAUUAAAUUUCUAGUUAGUUAGAUCGAAGGUCGGACGAUCGACAAACAACAUCUACCGUAUCGAGUUCUAGUUUGAUUAUUCACGUCCAAUAAAGGUGGUAGAACAAAACUCCACCGAUCAAGUAUCGUAUAACAUUAAGAACUGAUGUACAGGGCUAUAGGGUACAGCUGACCGAACCAUCAUCAGAAUGUACGGUAGACGAUAGCGACUACAUUAUAAAGUGUCCAAGUCGGAAGCAGAUGUCGUGCAGAGACAGUCUUAAUUUUUUUAAUUCGUAAUGCUAUCACUUUAACACAUCAAUGAUAUCACAUGUUUCACCAUCACUGCUGGAGAUAUUUCUAUCUCAAUAAAUAGAGAAAAAUUCACAGAGCAAAAUGCUGAAAAUUUGAUCAAAGUCGGAUAACAAAUAACGAAGUUAUUGAAUUAAGAUUUUCAUUAUUCCGGUGAAACAGUUCUAGGCAUGUCUUUAUGAAUAUUCAUUAGGUAGGCUUAUGAUGUCAUAUCCCCACUUGUUCUUCGGUAUUUAUUACAUGAAAUUUUCUACCAAGAACUCAAACAAUUGUAUUGAAAACUGAUUAAAUGCAUUAGUUAUUUAUUGUCGCAACUUAUUUCAUCAUAAUGGAGACACAUCAUUUACACAUGUAUGAAAAAAUGAAACAUUUAUGAUUUCAUGUAAAUAUCAUAAGAAAAAGUAAAGUGGGGAUGUGACAUCAUCAGCCCACCUAAUGAAUAUUCAUGACAAUGUGCAUAUAACUGUUUUUUCAAAAUAUUUAUAAACUUUAAAUAGAUAAAUAUUUUUAGCCCAGACCAUCCCUUUAACUGUAUAUUUUCUACUGCGGCUGUUCUCAGAAUUUACACUUACACUCUUAAACAUAAAGGAUUACCAUUCACGUUAAGACUCUCCUACCAAAGCGUUCCUCAACGAAAUAUUAAUUUUCAUACACAAAGGCCUAUACGACUUAUGUCAUAUUUCUCGGUGCAUUUUACAAUGAUACGUUCUCUAAAUACACAUGAGCAUUUAGGUGAUAUCGAUUAUUUGUAUUAUAAUUUAUUUCAUUAGAUAACGGACACAGUAACCUUAAUAUAGUAAGCUUGAUUAUAUUUCAAAGGACGUAUUGCUUAAAGUAAUCAUAAACGCUUAUUUAGUCAUUAACAAUUCUGUUGAUAUUUUAUGUACAAUGUUUUUCAGAAAAAAAAUCAACCACGAAGAGCCCUAAGGUUUUAUUGACGCAUAAAGAUUUCAUAUUUUCUUUUACUCAAAACUUUUGUAACAUUGUAUCGGAUGAAAAAUAACGAAGUAAUAGACUGUGUGAAUGUUAAAAAUAUAUCUUAUGAGACGACGAUACACAGAUUGAGGUGAUGACGUCAUACGCGCAUUUUUUGUUGUUGAACUUUGUUGAUUUUGUCAUUUUUCAAAGAGUAACGUAAAGGAUCGCUCCUUAAUUUACUACAAUGAUCGUUUGCACAUUCCAUUGGCUAUUUCCAAAAUGUGAAGGGAAAAUUUUGCUUGUGACGUAUCGCAUUCAUCCAUUUGAACGGUGUCUUUUUAUUUUAUAUUAUUUUAUUUUGGAAUCAAUGACAAUAUCAAAACAUUAAAUGUAAAUAGAUUUUUAUCUAGAAUUUGAUGGAAUACUUUUGGUAGUUUGUUUAAGACACUUUAUUGAAAUCGACUUGCUCUAUAAUAGGAGUGUGCCAUUCAAUAUCAACUACUAUAAUAUAUUCUGUGCUUGUACAAACCUUGCUAAGAUCAUACAGCUUGUUAUUUUUGCUUCCAUAAUUUUUGAUUUUUUUCGAUAGUUGUGGAAUGUCAUCGAUAACAUAAUGAUUAGAGCACGUGUUUAUUGAUAUCAUAUAUUUUGGUUAAGUGUAGAUAUAGGUUAACACAUGAUUAUGAUUUUUUUUAUUGGUUCUGGAAUUCUAUAGUAUUAACUAUUAUCACUUGUUUAUCAUGUCAUUAGUCUUAAAAAUAAGAAAGUAUAUAAGAAGGGAGAUACAAGUAGAGAAAUGUCUUUAUUUUUUUUUUAAUUUUGGUUUAACCAUAUAUUCUUGACCCUUUAGACAGUAUUGAAACCUCACUUUGGUAUUUAAUCUGCAGCAUUUCAACAAUUUGUGAGUUUGUCUGUUAAUACAGGCAUUGAAUUGAAUAUUGACAUUUACAUUCUUGUUGACAUAUUUGUUAUUAUUUACUAUUGAUUCUGAAGACCAGAUAAUUGCUCGUAUAUUAAGAAUUGCAUUCCCCCUUUUUUGUGGGGGCAUUUUUUUCCUUUUGAGAUUUUCAGUACUAAAAUGCAUUACUCUACUUACUUUCAUGAAAGGAUUGUAAGUUGUCAACCAUUCAUGAACCAUAUUGGUGUAUAAUUAAUUUACAAAUUUGAUUUUUAUUUUCUUAACAAUCGAAUGAUUACGGAAUUAAUCUGAAUAUUCUAACAAUAUAUACAAGGAGUUAUGUGUAAAGACAUUAUCUUCAGUCAUAUUUGAAUCAUUAUGUAGACAUUCUUAAUGCCAACAUUACAUAAUACAAAUAAUGCACGUAAGCGCGUGCAUGCAGGGCCAAAUAAUGAACGAUGUGCCGUGCGAGAAGAGCCAAUGGAUAUACCGCAUCGAGGUCAGAUAGCAGGACCGAGUGCGGUAUAUCCAUUUGGCGAGUCGAGCACAUAGUUCAUUAUUUAGGUCCUCUAUGCACAAGAUUGCGUGCAUUGUUUGUUUUAUACAACCCCUCCACCAUGUUACUGAGUUGCCCCGAAUGAUAUUAUGCAGACCUCGCACUAUUCAGAGUGCAGGAUAGUGCAUUUGGUAUGACGUCUGAGUGCAGGAUAAUAUACAUUUGGUAUGAAGUCAGAGUGCAGGAUAGCGCAUUUUGGAUGCCAUAGUGCAAUUCGCUGAAUAUCAUGUGAUCCGAUUUGGACCAAUCAGAUUACAGAACAUUCUUGGGAGUUGUAUAAUUGAGUAUAUAUCAAGGGAAAUGAUUAUUCCUCGCUUUUUGACACAAUUUGAUAACGAUUCUUCGCAAUUCAUUUCGAUAUUUCAUCGUUCAGAAGUUCUUUCAUGUUUUCAACUGAGCUCGUAAUUACGUCAAAUGACUUGUAUCUGUAUAUUAAAUUGAUCUUUAGUGAGGUAUAUUGCA